CUUCUGCAUCUCUGCUGCAGCCUGACAUCCAGCCAUAUUGGGUAUACUGUUAUCCUAGCUCUGCAUCAUCGACAGGGAAAAAUAUUAUUUCAAUAGAUAUAUUCAAAGACAAGAGACGGAUAUUCCCUCACCCAUUCCAGGUCAUGGGCAGGAGAGAGUACCCAGCAGCUGCUGGGCCAAGCCUGGUAAUACUGGCACUCAGCCUCCUGGUUGUUGUGUCAGGAAUGGAGGUCACAGUCCCUGCCACAGUGUAUGCCCUAAAUGGUACAGAUGCACGGCUGCCCUGCAAAUUCAACUCCUGUUACAAAAUGGACAACAAACUCUUCUCCGUGAACUGGACAUACAAGAGCUGUGAGAACUGCAGUGAGGAGAUGUUCAUUCAGUAUAACAAGAAGCUCUCUUAUCACAACCUUGAGCGUUUUCAAAACCGAGUGGAGUUUACAGGGAAUCCCACUAAAAAUGACUUAACUGUGAUGAUCCAUGACGUCCAGCUACAAGACAUAGGAGAUUAUUACUGCUAUGUUCUGAAUCCACCAGACCGAGAUAGGGGCACUGGAAAAAUCCAUCUGGAAGUCCGAACAGAGGUCCCUCCUGAAAGAGAUUCUACAGUGGCAGUUUUAGUUGGUGCGUCUGUGGGAGGAUUCCUGGCCAUUGUGAUACUUAUCCUAGUGAUUGUAAAAUGUGUCAGACGAAAAAAACAGCAAAAUCUUAAUUCUGAGGAUCAGAAAACAGAAGAGGAAGUGAAGACUGAUGGGGAAGGCAACACAGGCGGAGAACUUAAAGCAGCCAUCCCUGAGGUUCCUUGACCUGCCCUAGGUUCCUGACAAGCACAUACAAUCUGAUGCUGUUUCCCAGGGACAAGAUGCUGCUAUUAUACAUGUGUUGAUUAUUCUCUGGUAUCAGUAUCAACUAUUAUUCCCCUCCAGAACAUGACAGGUGUGCAUGUGAUACUGGCAAACUAAAGGGAGUGUUAAGAACUGAGGGACACAGCCAGUGGGAGUCCCACUCCAGUGUAUCACAUAUUUCAAGCAUGUGACACUGGAGUACUGGAGAAUCCCAUUUGUCUCAGACAGACCAAGGAACUACUGCAUGUGUCUGUAUGUGUGCAUUAAUGCGUGUGUGUGCACGGGGGGUCAAUGGAACCACUCAUUUUAAUAGGAUAGACUGUCAGAUGUGCCAACACUUCACUGUGCAAUACGUACACUGCAUGAAAUAUAAGGCCUGUCCAGCCUGCCAAAUAUGGCCCUCAAUUGGGUUUUUAGGGCCCCCAGGCAGUCUGCUAUGCACCAUGCCCACUACUUGAUAUAAAUGAUCCUCUCAUGUUUGUGAAAGUUAGACUGGCAAAGAAUUAAAACUUCUUGUAGACAUAUGUUUUUGUGUAAUGGCUCCCUUUUGAAAAGGUUGCCAAGAUAGGCUUAUAAGAUAGGCCUUUCUGCCGCAGACUGCCUCCAUUUUUGUCAUAAUAAAUAGUCUUUAAUUUUUCCUAAAAAGAUUGAAUACACUAAAUAAUAAUAAAAGUAUUGUUGAGGAAUUCAUUUUCUCGUAACCAUGUCACUAUCCCCAUUUCCUUUUUGGAACAGAAGCCAUGUCUUACUUUGGCAGGGGUUCUCUUGCUAACAUCACACACCAUAUUCCUCCAAAUGCACACUUGGGCAGCAAACACUGUGUGUGUGAUUAGCAUUAAGGUGACCAUACACAUUACAAUUACAAUCAUUGGUCGCGAGAAAGAUCGUUCAUUAAAAGCUGAAAUGGCAGAUAUGCAGGUAGAAAGAAAAAAAUGCUACCUCUAUCCAAAGAUUCAGCAUUAACCUUUUGCUGAUGUUUAAACGCCUGAUAAAAAAAUUUCCAUCCUGUCCGAUAGUCAAGAUGAUCGAUAUCCAAGACUUUUGCCAAUUUUCUUGUCUCCCACCAUACACACACCGAAUAUCUGUGUGUUUAUGCCUAUCUAUAGGUUUAAAAACAGUAUACCGAACCAGUAAGCCAGGGAUCCCCAACCGUUUUUACCCAUGAGCAACACUCAAAUGUAAAAAGAGUUGGGGAGCAACACAAGCAUAAUAAAAGUUCAUGGAGGAGCCUAAUAAGGGCUGUUAUUGGCUAUUUGGUAGCUCUUAUGUGGACUAGCAGCCUACAGGAGGCUCUGUUUGGCAGAACACCUAGUUUUUAUGCAACCAAAAAUUGCCUUCAAUCCAGGAAUUCAAAACUAAGCACCUGUUUUAAGACCACUGGGAGCAACAUCCAAGGGGUUGGGGAGCAACAUGUUGCUCACAAACCACUGGUUGGGGAUCACUGCAGUAAGCCAAAAGAAGAAUCUAUUCUCCAUAUGAAUGUUUAAUUAACAUUUACUGCACUGUUGCUUGGAAGGUCGGUGGCUGAAGAAACAACACGGAGGCAUAGUUGAGGCAAAGUAAAUGGCCCUUAUAAACUAUACAGAAUAAUUAUUUUUGGCAAUCUUUUGGUGUGGUCCUGAGCUGACUGCUGAGUUCUUGAAAAGAUGUGGCUUAGCCUUGAAAAGAUGUGGCAAAUUGUUUCAGAUCCAUACUUGGGCAACAAUGGAUUGCAAAAACAUUCAGUGCCUGAAUUGACUGCCAAUAUUUGAUUUUGUGUGGCCACUCGAACACUGACAGUCUAUGACAGUCCAAAGGCCCCCUUUGUAUAUGUGUGCAUAAGAUACUAUGGGAUGUGUGUGUAUGAGAGUGACUGCCUUUAAAAGUGUUGGAGUUGCCCUGUUUUGUGUUUAACUGAUAGAAUGGGACAACCCAUUAACAAAGUCACUGCCAGCUUCUUGUGAUGACACAGCCUUCUAAAUUCUUGUAAUAUUAAGGAAGGACUGGGUUUGUCUGAUAAAUGCAUAUUUCUUUGUAUAGUCACUGCAUGUCAUGGCUAGGAAGGAAAACUGUUACACUGCACUAUAUGUGUUCAUCUGUAUUUUGAAGAUGACAGCUGUGAUGUAAGCAACUGUUAACUCGAUCAAUCCUGAGUUGAACCCAGUGCUAAAUCAUUUUCUGCUGAUGUCUUUGGUGUCAUUAUUUAAAUUAUUAAACUCAAAAGACUCAAUACGUAACAUGUAACCAAACCACCUCCACUAAAGCAUCACAGUUCAAUAAAUAUAUACUGUAUAUUUAUGUGUUGGUGUGUGUGUGCAUGUGUAUACACAGAUAUCUGACAAAAUAAUGAAAACACCUGCAUUUACUAUGGUACAGAUUUGCUCAGACCUUAGAUAUAACUGUCAUGGAUCUAUCCCAAUCCAUAGGAACAACAUCCACCCCAAAAAGCACACUUUUUAUAUGAAGGGGAGCCCUCAAGAAGGCAAUAUGCUGUGACCUACUGGUCACAUGAUACUCUCCAACAUCUGAUUCAGAAUGACUUUCUUGGCUACAGAUACUAUUGUUAAUAAUGUAUUUCCCUUAGACUUUUAUACUAGCAUCACUUUAGCCACUGUUCCUUGCGGAACACAAUCUGUUCUGCAGUCUUUGUCACUGUAGUUCUUUCAAAUCACCACUCAAAGGUACUGAGUGUUCUUCCUCAAGACAGGAUGGCCACCCCAGUAUAUUUGAAGGCAUGGUCCUAUGACUGAUUGGAUUGUGCUUAAUUAACUCAACAGCCAUAUCUGUGAGUAAGCAUUUACUUUAAACUAGGGAUACACUGAAUACAAAAUGUAAGUAAUACCGAAUCCUCCACAAAAGAUUUUAUUUAAUACUGAACCAAAGCCAUAUUAAAAUCUUAAAUAAAAUGAAA